AAGUGAAGUGAAUUUAUCAAUCAAAUUAUCAACGUAACGUAAAUAUCAUGUACUUUAGACUUUAGGUUAAUUCUUAAGACUUAUAGGUUUGUUUGUGUGUUUUUAUUUUAUAUGAGUAAAUAGUUGCUUUUAUCUUUGUUUUUGACAUAAAGAAAACCUUUCUUUGUGGAAGAUGUGGUAAGAAAUUGUAGUCCUAUAGGCUAUGAAGACAUAACACCCUGGAGGCAAUUAGGCCCAUUUCAAAACCUUAAAAGAAGUUUUUUCAAGAAGAGGCAAUAGAUUUGAAGAGGAAAAGGAACUUCAAUAAUUCAUGUAGAAAAAAAAAACAAUCUGCAAAGUAUUAUAGAUACUAAAAACAACAGUUGAAAAGAUAAAGUUUUUACUACACUAAAAGUACAAAUGAAAAAGAGGCAAUAGAUUUGAAGAAGAAAAGAAACUUCAAUAAUUCAUGUAGCAAAAAAAAACUGAAUCUGCAAAGUAUUAUAGAUACUUAAAACAACAGAUAAAAAGAUUAAGUUUUUACUACACUAAAAGUACAAAUGAAAAAGAGACAAUAGAUUUGAAGAGGAUAAGGAGCUUUAAUUCAUGUCGCAAGAAAGAUAAUUCACCUAAUCUGUAAAGUAUUAAAAAUUCCUUAAACAACAGUUAAAAAGUUAAAUGAAACCAAGCAUAACUAUUAUAUGGCUGAUGUAUAUGUGAAUUAUUUAUAAAAACGACACGAAACAUGGAAGCCACUUUUUUCUUUCAUCGAGUAGGAUAAUUUGAAAUGGCGAAACUUCAUGAAAAGUCAUGCAAAAAAAGGAAAAUGUCUGAAGUAGGUUAUGUUGUAUGGUAUUUAUACAUAUAACAAUAUUUAUUUGAGCAAAAGUUGAUCAGGUUUGAUUGAUGCAUACAACUGACUAAACCCAUAUACUUUCUAGCUUAUCUAAAAUGUUAGAAGUCAGUAAUUGAAUACAAAAAAAUGUUUAAGAUCACUAAAAAGCCUCUCCUUAAAUGUAUGAUAUGUAGAAAAAUGUUUUCAACGCUAUCGAGAAUAAAGUGGCAUAUAUAUCUACACACAGGUGAGCGUCCUUUUAGAUGCUUGAUAUGUGAAAAAACAUUUAUUCAUCUAUUUCAAGUAAAGGAACAUUUGUUGACUCAUUUUGAUAAGCGUCCGUAUAAAUGCACUACAUGUGGAAAAUCAUUCAAAUUCAGUAGCAGUAUGAAGAAACAUACAUUAGUACACACCGGAGAGAGACCUCAUAAGUGCACUACAUGUGGAAAAUCUUUCUCAACCAGUAGCGAUAUGAAGCAACAUACAUUAGUACACACCGGAGAGAGACCUCAUAAGUGCACUAUAUGUGGAAAAUCUUUCACAACCAGUGGCAAUAUGAAGAUUCAUACAUUAGUACACACCGGAGAGAGACCUCAUAAAUGUACUAUAUGUGGAAAAUCUUUCCAAACCAGUGGCCAUAUGAAGCAACAUACAUUAGUACACACCGGAGAGAGACCUCAUAAGUGCACUAUAUGUGGAAAAUCUUUCACAACCAGUGGCAGUAUGAAGAUUCAUACAUUAGUACACACCGGAGAGAGACCUCAUAAAUGUACUAUAUGUGGAAAAUCUUUCCAAACCAGUAGCCAUAUGAAGAAACAUACAUUAGUACACACCGGAGAGAGACCUCACAAGUGCCCUACAUGUCGAAAAUCCUUCAAAACCAGUAGGCAUAUGAAGAUUCAUACAUUAGUACACACCGGAGAGAGACCUCAUAAGUGUACUAUAUGUGGAAAAUCCUUCCAAACCAGUAGCGAUAUGAAGAAACAUACAUUAGUACACACCGGAGAGAGACCUCAUAAGUGUACUAUAUGUGGAAAAUCCUUCACAAGAAGUGGCAGCAUGAAGAAACAUACAUUAGUACACACCGGAGAGAGACUUCAUAAGUGUACUUUAUGUGGAAAAUCUUUCACAAGCAGUGGCAGUAUGAAGAAACAUACAUUAGUACACACCGGAGAGAGACCUCAUAAGUGUACUAUAUGUGGAAAAUCCUUCCAAACCAGUAGCGAUAUGAAGAUGCAUACAUUAGUGCACACCGGAGAGAGACCUCAUAAGUGUACUAUAUGUGGAAAAUCCUUCCAAACCAGUAGCGAUAUGAAGAGACACACAUUAGUACACACCGGAGAGAGACCUCAUAAGUGUACUAUAUGUAAAAAAUCCUUCCAAACCAGUAGCGAUAUGAAGAUGCAUACAUUAGUGCAUACCGGAGAGAGACCUCAUAAGUGUACUAUAUGUGGAAAAUCCUUCCAAACCAGUAGCGAUAUGAAGAGACACACAUUAGUACACACCGGAGAGAGACCUCAUAAUUGUACUAUAUGUGGAAAAUCCUUCCAAACCAGUAGCGAUAUGAAGAGACACACAUUAGUACACACCGGAGAGAGACCUCAUAAGUGUACUAUAUGUAAAAAAUCCUUCCAAACCAGUAGCGAUAUGAAGAUGCAUACAUUAGUGCAUACCGGAGAGAGACCUCAUAAGUGUACUAUAUGUGGAAAAUCCGUCACAAGCAGUGGCAGUAUGAAGAAACAUACAUUACUACACACCAGAGAGAGACCUCAUAAGUGUACUCUAUGUGGGAAAUCCUUCACAACCAGUCGCCAUAUGAAGAGACAUACAUUAGUACACACCAAGGGUAGACUGUAUAUGUGAAAAAUCAUUCCAAACCAGUAGCAGUAUGAAGGAACAUACAUUAGUACACACCGAAGGGAGACCUCAUAAGUGUACUAUGUGUAUAAAAUCCUUCACAACCAGUAGCAAUAUGAAGAAACAUACAUCAGAUCACACCGGAGAAAAAUCUUCUCUACCAAUGAAAAAUCCUCCACAGCCGGGAUAAAUUUAAUACAUGUGAAAAAUCUUGUAAAUUAAAUAUACCUACUUUGAAAGAAUGUUUAUAUUUUUGAAACAUGAAUCAUUGUAUAGCCAGCUUAUUUCUCGAAAUGUGUACGAAUAUUAUUGUAAAACAUGACAAUGUCAUGAUUUUUAAUGUUGUGAAUCCCAGUGAGAGCAUUUUUUAUUUGCACGAGACCACAUUCAUGAUUGCUUGGUAGUAUAUGUCAUCACUAGGGCCUAAAUGACUCUUUUUGACCCGAGGUCGAGGUCGGAAAAUAAGCAAGGGUUAGAAAGUCACUUUUUGCCCGUGCAGUGAACUAUAAUUUUUUUUGCCAUCAUACUGCAUCAAUAAUUAACAAACAAAGCUAGAAAACGAAAUAAUUUGUGUGUGAAGAUAACCUCUCAAAACGAGUUCCAGCUUGUUUCCAUUUCUGUUAAUUCAAAUAAGUAGUUGAUUAGUAAGUAAUUCAAUAAUGUCAUCUAUUACGAUUGUGUAACAGUACUAUUGAUAUGUAGAGCAAUCAACAACAAUAGGCAAUAACGUUACCUAAUCAAUCAAUCGAUAUAGUUUUGAUCGAUAUGAUUGCCACAAUCGAAAUUUACAACAGUUUACAUUAGCUGAAUUUUACUCCCUAGUGAGUAAAAAUAUUACUUUUGCCCCUUAAAGCACACAUUAAAAACGGCUGUUUUUGCUGCAGAAUGAGGAAAAAUGUUUUAAAAUCCAAAUUAAACUUAUAUAUAUUUAUUUAUCAUAUUUUGUUGAUAAAAAUUUAGAUGGUGCAGGAAAAAUACUGUGGCAAUUUUGCAAGGUUUAAUACUCUAAGAAUAGAAACAAAUGUAAAAUAAAGCAUGGCAAAUAUACAAAACUUCAAUGUACAUUUCAUGUUGUUGUACAGUGCUUAGUUGUAUCUAAGACUGUUUAUUUCUUUAGAUAUAUUAAUAUUCUAUAGGUUUUUUUUAAUAUACAUAUGAAAACUGAGAACUUAAAUAUAAUGUCAGAGGGUCAAGGUUCUUUCCAGUUCUAUUAUGUUGUAUUGCCUUGAUGCAGGAAACCCAAUAAUGUUAAGCAUUUGUUAGUUUUUCAAUUUUAUGUCCGUUUUCAUGAAUAUAUUAUAUUAUUUGUACGUGUUAAAUUGUCCACACUCCUAAUAACUAGUAGUUACUACAGCAGUUCUUUUCAUCUGUACAGUUUAUUAAAAACAUUUAUACGUAGUGUUGAUUUAUCAAAAUGUAUUGUAAUAUAUUUUUUAUUGAAAACAAGAGAUUAAUGUGUUGAGUCCAAGUAAAAUCUUGUAUUAGGAUAAAUCUACAAUAGUAAUUACAUAUCUCACAUAAUCUAACUGAUAUUAAUUUCAGUAUGUUUGUAAAUUUGUAUACAACUAGUGAAAAUAAAAAGGUGUUAACUGCUUCA